AGUGAGUCACCGACGUUUUGUUGCAUCCGUGACAGCAGAACCCGGAUGAGCCGGUCAGCUGUUUUUCAAUCAUGAUAAAUAAUGUGCGGGGAUCGCAGGACAGAAUCAGCAUGGAUCAAAAACCUGAUGAACGCACGCAAAGCCAAAGCCACAGGUGUCAACUGCUGGACCUGCCGUGGGAGGAUGUGUUAGUUACACACGUGUUCUGUUACCUGCCGCUGCGUCACCUGGUCAGCUUACAGUGCGUCAGCAAGAGCUUUCUUUCUCUCGUCCAGGUGUAUCUGGCCAACUGCCGGAAGUUUGACCCCGCACAGACAGGGCCUCACAUUCCUAAAGAAGCCUUUUGCUCAAUGCUUCGCCACAAUCAAGUUCUCCACCACCUCUGCGUCACCAACUGCUCCGAUUGGAUCACGGACAAAGAGCUGCUGCCCGUGGUUGGUCAGAACCAGCACCUGCUGCGCGUGGACAUGCGUGGGUGCGUUCACCUGAGCCGUCACGCGCUGGUGGCCGUGUCUCUGAGCUGCCCGCGGCUGCAGCACCUGAGCCUGGCGCACUGUGAGUGGGUGGACAGUCUGGCUCUGCGCAGCCUGGCCGAUCACUGCUCGGACCUGCGCUCGCUGGACGUCACCGCCUGCAGACAGCUGAAGGACGAGGCCGUGUGCUACCUGGCGGGGAAGUGUCCGGCGCUGCGCUCGCUCUCCGUGGCUGUUAACGCCAACAUCACGGACACAGCAGUGGAGGAGGUGGCCAAAAAGUGCAGAGAGCUGGAGAGGCUGGACCUCACGGGGUGCCUGCGAGUGAGGAACGAAGCCAUCAGGACGUUAGCAGAGUACUGCCCCAAACUGAAGUCUCUCAAAGUGAACCACUGUCACAACGUAACCGAGUCCAGUCUGGGCGUCCUGCGCCGGCGCAACGUAGAGAUCGAUGUGGAGCCUCCCCUGCAGAGGGCGCUAGUGCUGCUGCAGGACGUGGUGGGCUUCGCUCCGUUCAUUAACCUGCAGAUUUAGCACAACAUCUGGACCUUUCUUCAGGUCCUCUCUCGUCCACAAUCUUUCUCUGGAAGGCUGACUUCUGAAACACUUUUACACCAGAAGACACAACCAUGAAUCCACAUUUCAAGCGCUUGAUUGUUUUAGUGUAUUUUAGCAUUUAAAAAGAAACUUUCUUUGGUGUGAUACCACGCUGCAGGCUUUCAGAAUGAGGACUCGAUCAAAUCUGGUCCCAUUGUUAAUGGAACUUAUGAUCAUCAUUAGAAGGACGUUGGUGAAAAUAUAUUAUUUAUUGAAGCAGCUCUCUGUUUUCAUGCAGGAACCAAAUGCUGUAUCAUUUGCACUCAUGAAAUACAGAAAUAUUUGCACUUUUUUCAGUACAUCUGAACAGUACAGUCCUUCAGCUUUACUGGACCAUCAGAUUUUCUCUCAGCUUCAUUUGACAAAUCAUCCAGAGAGCAAUCAAGUCAUCUUUUAUAGAAGCAAACUGGUAUAUUUAGAGCUCUGUGUUGAUUUUAUCCCCAUUAACCUGAUAAUAGAAAAGAAUGGCAUUGUUAUGUUUAGAAA